UUGUUGCCCAGGCAACCCGUGCCUCCCGCUCUUCUGGUGUCACUCCCCCACUUCUCCCGCCCCUUCCUCCUCCCCACCACCAGAGCUAGGUCGGUUGUUGCCCACCGCCCGAGAUCUGCCAGCUGCGUGCCCACGAGACUUUUCUUUGAGUAAACAAGUACUGGAAUACAAAACCAGUCGGAGUCCUUUGACUCAAUCACACCUAAGGGAGAUUGCUCUUCUCCAGACCACAAGAUCACAACCCAGUUCCCACUUGGACUUUUGCAAUAAGAGAUAACAGCAAUGGCCUCAAACUGGAGGGCUAGUGCAUCUUGGUAUUCUCACCCAGUAUAUGCAAGAUACUGGCAACAUUAUCAUCAUGCAAUGCUUUGGAUGCAGAGCCACCAGAAUGCCUACAGAACGUUCAGGGAUUCCUAUUUCACUUCCCCAUGGCUCUUCCCUCAUGGAGCUCUUCCCUGGAACUUUCCUGCUUAUGAGGCUGGGCAUCCUUGGGACUCUGAAGGCCAGCACAUGGCACGGCAGGAGUCUCCCUACCGUGUUUCCCAUCCCAGAAGCCCUGGGCAGCCUCUGCAUAACAGCAGUAGAAGCCAGGCAUCUCCAAGAGGGAAUGAAGCACGGUAUGAGAAGGAAGAGCUGGAGUCAGAUUCAGAUGAUGAAGUAGAGUGCGACCUGAGCAAUGUGGAGAUCACUGAGGAGCUCCGCCAGUACUUCGCGCAGACCGAGAGGCACAGAGAAGAGAGAAGGCGACAGCAGCAGCUGGACGCAGAGCGCCUGAAUGACUAUGUGGAUGCAGACCAUGGCCUGUACUUCAACCACCGUAGGUCACUGGAGCCCCCAUCUGAGAAGCCCUGGGAGCGGCGCCAAGCAGAGAUGAAGCGCUUAUACGGCAACAGUGCUCCCAAGAUCCUGGCCAUGGAGACUGCUGUACAGCUGAGCUUUGACAAGCACUGUGACAGAAAGCAACCCAAGUACUGGCCUGUCAUUCCCCUGAAGUUCUGAGUCCUGGGCACCGGGACCCUAGGGAAUGCAUCACAGUUCCUAGCCUCUCCCUCUUCAUCUCUUCUGGACAUUUUUCAGAGAAAUAGGCCUGCAUACCAACAUGGUGGAUACAGUCUGUCAAUAGGAGAGAAGUAUACUGUUGCCAACACAAGGAAUGUUCACUGACAAAGUGAUAAUUUAUGUAUUGUACUGGCUCUUGGUUUUCUCUUUAACAGUCCAGUUCAUUGAAAUUAUUGCCUAGCAAUACUGCCUAUUGUUUUGCAUUUUUAAUGUCCUUCUUUAAAACAUCCAGAAUGUCAUAAAAGCCUUAAGCCACGUGUCAUUUAUUCCUACAUUUUUUAUUAGAUAUUUUCUUUAUUUACAUUUUAAAUGUUAUCCCCUUUCCUUGUUUCCCCUCCAAAAAUUCCCUAUCUUCUCCCCCCUCCCCCUGCUCCCCAACCCACCCACUCCCACAUCCUGGCCCAGCCAUUCCUACAUUUUUUAGACCAGUUUUCAUACAGUGCAUGCUAGCUACAAACUUAAAAUCUUCCUGCUUCUAUCUCCCAAAUGCUAGUUUACAGGUUUGCACUGCCCACACUAAGCUUCUGUCUACGUAUUUCCUGUGACUUCUUCUUUGGACCCCUCUGAAAAUGAUAUAAGUGAACAUUAAAAGAAGUGGCACUGUGCUGGGCGUGGUGGCGCACGCCUUUAACCCCAGCACUCGGGAGGCAGAGGCAGGUGGAUUUCUGAGUUUGAGGCCAGCCUGGUCUACAAAGUGAGUUCCAGGACUGCCAGAGCUAUACAGAGAAACCCUGUCUUGGGGAAAAAAAAAAAGAAGAAGAAGAAGUGGCACUUGUUAUUCUGAUAGGUAUCAGCCCGCAUGCUCUAUAAGACCUGAGAAUAAAUACUCUGGGCUUGGCAGGCCAUGUUGUCUCAUAACUAACUGCCUCACCCUGUCUUUAUAGCAUAAAAACAGCCAUAGUUACUGAAUAAACAAAUGAAUGUGACUGUUUCAAUAAAAUUUUAUUUGUUAAAAAAAAUAAUAAAAUAAAACAGGCUAUGGACUGGAUUUGAUCUACAACUGCUGCUGCUGUAAAACAGUGAAAAUCACCCAUCUGACAUUAUUGUUAUCUUGUUUUCUGUCCAGAACUUGGUUGUCAAGCAGAAUUGAUAACAAACAGUAAUUCCCAAGCCUGGUCAUUUACAAUCUCUUUUGUUGUCAAAAUGCACAGUUGAGCUCUUACUUCAUAUAGUAAGUGCUGAUUUAGUAAGCAAAUAACAGCUGUGAGAAGGAAAAUCUAAACAUUGAUGGAGCAGUCCAUUUAUAGAAGCCAGCUCCUUUUUAAAUACGUUCUUACAGUCCAUUGCCAGGGUGAGCCGGUGUUGACCUGAGAAGGUUAGCACAUCCAUCAAAGGUUGGUGAAAAGAUUCUGUAUUGACAUGUUGCUCCCUAGGAACACAUUCCGCUUCCAUCCAGCCCCUGCCCUGAGACAACCAGGUCCCUUUCAACAGACAUAGACAAGUCAGAGCCUGCUUAGACAGCAGGU